CCUUUAAGGUGACGUCACGCGGUUUGUUACAUUGUAUCUUCGCGGAGCGAGAAGACAAACAGGUAGAUUCGGGGAGCGCUGAGCGAGUCGGGGAGACGGGAGAACGAAACAAAGCUUGGACAGACCGAUCGGAGUACCGGGAGCCCCGACUGACAGCUCAGGAUGCCGUCAGAGCGGCCCUUUAAACAUAGGAGGAGCUUUGCCGAGCGAUGCGCCGAGGUCCGUCAGAUCCGUGAGCAGCACCCGAAUAAAAUCCCGGUCAUUAUUGAGCGAUACAAGGGAGAAAAACAGCUUCCUGUGUUGGACAAAACCAAGUUCCUGGUUCCCGAUCACGUGAAUAUGAGCGAACUGGUGAAGAUUAUCAGACGCCGACUUCAGCUGAAUCCAACCCAAGCCUUCUUCCUGCUGGUGAAUCAGCGGAGCAUGGUGAGCGUAUCUGCAGCCAUCUUGGAUAUAUACGAGCAAGAGAAGGACGAAGAUGGCUUCCUAUACAUGGUUUACGCUUCCCAGGAAACCUUUGGCUAAGAGAAAGCCAGCGAGCCUGCUCCACGCACGCUCACACACUCCUACCAACCCCUGCCGUCAUACACGCUCGCUCUGCUAGGCUAAUGCAUA